AUGUCAGAUCCUAUCGAAGAAUCUAACAGAAUAUCUGUUCAAGUGUCGACAUUAUCAACACAGCUUAUUGAAAGUAUUGAUAGGCAGUCGGAGCUUGAGAAACGACUUCGAGACGCUCAAAUUAUUAUUAAUAAGCAAAAACAUGUUAUGCAUGAAUUCGAGACUUUGAAACAGAAGAAUAAAGAGCUUUCAGAUGGUCAGCAAUCCUUUGAAGAAAAGAUACGAGCUUUAUCUGCACAGUUAGAAGAAGAGAAAAGUAAGCGUUUAGCAGCAGAAAAAGAGGUCGAUAAAUUAGGUCAAGAGGUCGAAGAUUUAACUGCGUCAUUGUUUGAUGAAGCUAAUAAUAUGGUAUCUGAUGCUAGAAGAGAGAAACAUGAUAUCGAAAUACAAAAUAGCAGGUUACAAGAAACACUAAAAGAAAAGGACACUGUUCUAGAGACAUUGAACCUGCAGUUGAAAAACUUGAAGAAAGUAUUACAAACAGUCGACUCUGAAUCUUCUAUAAAUGCAAAUAUAAGAAGUCCUAUAAGUACUGAAAAUAGUACUACAACAUCAGCGUCAGGUAAUAAGCUGACAAGGCGGCAAUCCCAGUUAUCAAUUAGUCAUAAUGAAUCACCUUUAUUUUCUCCAUACGUUACAACAUUAAGAUACGACCAGUCGCUUUAUAAUGAGUUUUUGAAGUUUUUAGCUGUUCUACCAAGUAGUUCUAGUUUGAAAGCAACAUCUACAGAGUCUAAACUACUCAAGAGAUUGGUGUCUGAUGAAAUUCAACCGGUAUUAAAGAUUGAUAAUGCUUCGGGAAUAGGUUGGCUAGUAAGAAAGUCGUUGCUAACUUCUAUGAUGGAGGGGCAGGUCGUUGUGGAGCCAUUGAGCGGUAUAAAUGAAGCAUAUCAACUGGGUUAUGAAACAAAAGAACAUGUUUCACAAAAUGAAGGUGAAGAAAUGCCACACAUGUUUAAUUUCCCAUUAAAUUCACCUCCUAUUGCAGUUAGGGAUCCAUGUGCAUUUUGUGCUGAGCAAAGAGAUGAUAUUAUUGAGCAUGCACGUAUGUACGUUAUGAAAACAUUCAAUAAAGAAAAUGAUGGCUCUACAACAAUAACAAAUUCUUUCCCACUUUGUCAUUGGUGUCUAAUGAAAGUUAGACAAACUUGUGAGAUCUUCGCAUUCUUGAGAUCGUUGAAGUUAGGUACUUGGCAUUUGGAAAAAGUGACGUUAAAUACUAUCUCUAAAGGCGAGUCGCUCUCUAAGUUUUCAGAAGUUACUAAGUCUACAAACGGGUCUACUUCAAAUGAGGAAAAGAAAAGCAACCGAAAGAGCUUUAUACCAUCAUUACCAAAGGGCUCUCCUAAAAAGUCCUCCCCUGUCGUGGAGACCCACAUAGAUACAACAAAGGCUGGGCAGCCUACAUCAAAUAUUCAAAGAGCGUGGGUACAUUUGUGUAAAUUGAGAUCGAUGCUACAUUGGGCACACGUUGGUAUAUGGAACAUGGAAGACUCCAUAUCACUCAAAAUGGGGCCAAUAACUGAUCAUCCAACCCAUAGCCAGGAAUUGUUGUUGCCUGUGUUGAGCGAAAGUGAGAGUCUGAAUAUGCUGGAGGAAUAUGUUCCUGCUAACGACUCAGAAAGUUUCAACUUAAAGAAGACAGAAACUUCUAAUACAUUCGACUUUGAGAAAUCUUCUAAUGACGCGGUUGAUAUCUCAUCAAACCAAGAUAUCAACUCACAAACAAAAGUAGCGCCUGAUGUCAACGAAAAUUUGAAAGGACAGCCUUCAACGGGUGAAGCAUCAACUAUUGAGCCAGUUAACAUUAAGGUCGAUCCUGCAACGAUAGGAGCUAAUGUUGAUGCUAAAAAAAAAAAUGCAAUUUCCGGUAAUACUUUAGAUACAGCAAAGGAUACAGACAAUCUCAGUAAAGAUAAGAUGGAAGCUAAAAUGAUAGAAAAAGAUACAACAGAGGAUAGCAAGAAGACUACUAAGUCUUCAAAGCGGACUUCCGAAAUAAUUGACCAAUUGAACGAUAUUGGAAGUGAUGCUAAAGAGUUAUUUGGUACUGUUGAAGAAUCUGGAAAGGAAUCGCAAAGUGAUGAUAAACAAUCAGACAAACACCUGAAUUCUGAUGAAACCAAAAACGGCGAUGCCACCAUGCCUAACGAGGAUGAUAUGACUCUAGAUGCAAAGGAGGUGAUGCGUGGAUUGAAUGAUGAUGAUGCGGAUUCAUCUAGUCUAGACAACUUUGAUGAUAGUAAAGAAUUUCAGUAA